CGUAGCCAAACUCUAGACACGCUGCCCGGUGGAUGCAGAUUUCACUGAAGGACCAAUGAAAUGGUCGAAAUUGAGUCAAAUCCAUUACGCCCGAACUCCAGCAUUCACUCAUCACUAAACGGCGACCGAGCUCUGGAAUUUAGCCAAUUGUCUACAUUUGACAGCUACAACUUCAUAAGUAAUCGAUAGCUAAAAGGCUAAAAUAAGCUUAAACAAUGGUGGCAAAACAGAGAAUACGCACCGCCAACGAGAAACACAGCAAAAACAUCACGCUGAGAGGAAAUGUGGCCAAAUCCACGAGAAAUCCAGGUGAUGAUAAGGUGGCAGUGGGACCAUGGCUUCUGGCGUUAUUCAUCUUUGUCGUCUGCGGAUCAGCAAUCUUCCAGAUCAUUCAAAGCAUUCGAAUGGGAAUGUAAUAUCAGAAGCCCUACCGUCAUCGCCUGUUUCCAGCAUUCCUCUACACAUCAAGUGGUUUCAUGGUCCCUCACAAGAUCAAAGAUGAUCGACUACCAUCUGUCCAUUCCUUUUUUUCCUAUUUCUCUUUUCCCCUUUUUGGCAUUGCCAAACGGGGAAAGCACACCCUUGUCAUCUUUGCCUUUACAUAACUGAAGAAAAAAGAUUGGAAAAUGAUUGAAGGAUUUUGUUUCAGGGAACUACAUGGGAAUUUGUACAGUGAUGACUGCUGUAUGUGUUGAUUGAUGUGCCAAAACCAAAUGGUAUGAAUGUCUGAUAUUCUCCUGUGGUAUAAAUUCCAGAACACAA